AUGAGUAGCUUUGGAGAAGACCCUUCUUGCUGGUUGACAUGUAAUAAGACUGUUGGGAAAAUUAAUGUCUUAAGAGGGCUUUUCACCAAAAGCUGGUCAUCUGAUAUUCGUUUAGAUGGAAAAACUGCUAUAGUGACUGGAGCAAACACCGGGAUUGGGAAAGAAACAGUCAAGGAUCUGGCAAUGCGGGGUGCACGAGUGAUCCUGGCCUGCAGAGACCUGCUGAAGGCCGAACAGGCGGCUGGUGACAUAAGCAGAGAUGUGGAGAAUGCAAACGUGGUGGUUCGGAAACUGGACCUGGCAGACACCAGAUCCAUCUGUGAUUUUGCUGAACUGAUUUACAACACUGAAAAGUCUCUUCAUUUGCUGAUUAACAAUGCUGGCGUGGCAAUGUGCCCAUAUUCAACAACAGCAGACGGUUUUGAGACACAGUUCGGAGUCAAUCAUUUAGGACAUUUCUUUCUUACGUUCCUCCUUAUGGAUCUGUUGAAGCAUUCAGCUCCUUCCAGAGUGAUUAAUGUCUCAUUGGCCCACCACAUGGGAAAGAUCCACUUUGAGGACCUGAACAGUGAGAAAAGCUAUCAUCCCGUGAAGGCCUACGUACAGAGCAAACUGGCCAACAUACUUUUCACGCGAGAGCUCGCCCCGAGAGCGGAAGAGAUGGGAGUGAGUGUUUAUGCUGUGGAUCCAGGCCUAGUGAAGACAGACAUCAUUAGGCAUUUGAAUAAGUCUCUGCAGUUCUUUGUGAAGACAUUUGGUUUCCUGAUAAAACCCCCUGAGGAGGGCGCAUAUACCACCCUGUACUGUGCCCUCACCCCUGACCUGCCCACUGGAGCCUACUACAGUAACUGUGCCAUGGCUCCAUGCUCCAGGGCCGCUAAUGACGACAACACUGCUAGCAGACUGUGGGCUGUCAGCUGCCACCUGCUGGGAAUUCGCUGGAAAUGAGAUUUUAUGACUUUUCAAAAUUAUAUUCUUGCUGUUUGUAUUGACUCAGAGAUACUUUGAAGGUUAUCCUACUG